UCGCGCUUUCUCACUCCGCGUGAAACAAAGUGUAGUGUCCGCGAGAGCCCGUAGGAAGCGAAAAGAGAGAAACCGGAGACAGAAUGGAGCUUCUGAAUCCACACCAGGAGGAAUAAUAAUAACAACAACCCACUAAAGAGAGAAAUAAAGAAGACUGAAGACGGAGGAGAGAACGGAGAACACUCGCAGGAAAAACUUUUCCGGGGAAAAACUGUUACAGACUCUCACACGGCCACGUUUGAAAACAUGGAUACACUUUUCCCCGUAUUCCUGGGACUCCUGUUUCUCUUUUCGGCUAACGUGUCCGGGCAGAUACCGACAGCUCACAUGGGGCGCGCUGAGAAGGGGAGCUGCAUGUUCGAUGAGGGUCUCGCAAAGUGUGACUACCAGCAGGAUCCCUACGAUGAUAUUGACUGGACGCACAUCAACACACAGGAAGUGGCGUACGUCUCUCCAGAACUGCCCAAAGGUACCUACAUGUACGUGGACGUCUCACAGCACGAUGAGGGGACGAAGGCCAGGUUUCAGCUGCCUGUGAUGAAGGAAAACGACACUCACUGCAUCGACUUCAACUAUCUGCUCACUAGCCCCGGAGGCUUCAGCCCCGGCACCCUCAACGUCCUGGUGAAGGUAAACAAGGGUCCCUUGGCCAACCCUAUAUGGAACGUGACCUCCAACACUGGUAAAGGCUGGAUGAAGGCAGAACUCGCCGUCUCCACCUUUUGGCCCAAUGAAUAUCAGGUCAUUUUUGAAGCUGAGGCUUCGGACGGCGCCGGCUUCAUCGCCAUCGACGACAUUCAGGUGCUCAGCUAUCCAUGCGAUAAAUCUCCUCACUUUCUUCGUCUCGGGGAUGUGGAGGUGAACGCCGGACAAAAUGCCACAUUUCAAUGUAUCGCUACAGGACGAGAAACAUCCAACAACAAACUCUGGCUGCAGAGGAGAAACGGAGAAGAUAUUCCCGUGGCUCUGACCAAAAACAUCAACCACAGACGCUUCGCCGCCACCUUCCACCUUAAAGAAGUCACCAGUCAGGACCAAGACCUGUACCGCUGCGUCACCCAAUCAGAUCGCGGCUCCGGGGUUUCCAACUUUGCGGGUCUUAUCGUCAGAGAGCCUCCGCACCCCAUCGCCCCGCCCCAGCUGCUGGGUGUCGGCCCCACAUAUCUGCUGAUUCAGCUGAAUGCUAACUCCAUAUUUGGAGAUGGACCUAUUAUACUAAAAGAGGUUGAGUACCGCAUGACAUCAGGCAGCUGGAUUGAGACUCACGCCGUCAACUCUCCAAACUACAAGUUAUGGCAUCUUGACCCCGACACAGAGUACGAGGUCCGAGUGUUACUAACCAGACCAGGAGAGGGUGGGACGGGCAAAUCUGGACCCCCACUCAUCACCCGGACCAAAUGUGCAGAACCCAUGCGGACUCCUAAGAGGCUGAAGAUAGCUGAGACUCGGUCCCGUCUGAUCGCAGUGGAUUGGGAGUCGUUGGGCUACAACAUCACUCGCUGCCACACCUUCAACGUCACCAUCUGCUACCAAUACAUGACCGCCAACAACCGCAGCAAAGCCGGCUGCCUGGACAUGGACCCUAAAGCACCGCGCCACCUGGUUGGAAACCUGCCGCCGUACACCAACGUCAGUCUGAAGAUGAUUCUGACCAAUCCCGAGGGGCGGAAAGAGAGCGACGAGACCAUCAUACAAACUGAUGAAGAUGUCCCAGGGUCCGUUCCCAGUCAGUCUCUCAGAGCCACUCCAUUUGAAGACCGAAUUCUUCUUUACUGGAAGGAACCGACUGAACCCAACGGAAUCAUCAUACAGUAUGAGAUCCACUACAGUGGGGUGCGUUCAUUUGACCCCUCGGUGCCUCUCCAGCGGCCGGGGCUUACAGUGUCUCUGCCCUCCAACGCCACCCAUCACCUGUUCUCUCAGCUCCACCCAGGCGUCACCUACCAGCUCCUCAUCCGCGCCUCCACCUCCAAAGGGUUCGGCACUGCGACCACGCUCAACGUGACUACUAAUAUUUCAGCCCCAACAAUAGAUGAGUAUGACGGGUCAGAGGCUUUUCUGAAUGAAACUGCAACAACCAUCACCAUCCUGCUUAAACCUGCCCAGGCCAAGGGAGCUCCUAUAAGUGCGUACCAGAUUGUGGUUGAAGAAGUGAAUCCUCGAUCACGCCGUCAAGCUUCUUCUGACUGUUACGAGGUCCCGGUGUCCUACCACAGUGCAUCUAGCGGUGGAUCUCCAUAUUAUUAUGCCGCCCAGCUGUCCCCCAGCAACCUGCCGGAGCCGCUGCCCUUCACCGUCGGAGACAACAAGACGUAUCAGGGUUUCUGGAAUCCUCCAUUGGCUCCGAGAAAGAACUACAACAUCUACCUUCAAGCUGUUAGCAGCACGGAGAGGGAAACUAAGACACAGUGUCUGAGGCUGGCUACUAAAGGUGCUACAGAGGAGCCAGAAGUCAUCCCAGAUCCCGCGAAACAGACGGACCGAGUGGUGAAGAUCGCUGGGAUCAGUGCCGGUGUCCUUGUCUUCAUACUGCUGGUGCUGGUAGCCAUCCUAUUGGUCAAGAAGAGGAGGACCUACUAUUCAUACUCUUAUUACCUGAAACUGGCUAAAAAACGUAAAGACGCCAUCGGUACGACGCGGCAGGAGAUGACUCACAUGGUGAACGCCAUGGAUCGCAGCUAUGCUGACCAGAGCACUCUGCACGGAGAGGAUCCCAUGGCUGUGACGUUCAUGGACUCACACAACUACAACAACAGAUUGCCCAACGACCCUCUGGUUCCCACUGCUGUGCUAGUUCCAAUCACAGAUGAGAACCACAGUGCCUCUGCAGCGGAGAACAGCCGGCUGCUGGACGUUCCUCGGUAUCACUGUGAAGGAACCGAGUCCCCCUAUCAGACGGGACAGCUGCACCCCGCCAUCAGAGUGGCCGACCUGCUGCAGCACAUCAACCUGAUGAAGACCUCCGACAGCUACGGCUUCAAGGAGGAGUAUGAAUUGGUGAUACAGAGCUUCUUCGAAGGCCAAUCGGCCACUUGGGACGUGGCCAAGAAGGAUCAGAACCGCACCAAGAACCGCUAUGGGAACAUUAUAGCAUAUGACCAUUCAAGGGUUAUUCUCCAGCCCAUAGAAGACGACCCCUCCUCCGACUACAUCAACGCCAACUACAUCGAUGUAAGUGGAAACGCAUCGAAUGCUACUAUUGGCUCCCAACGAAACCAACGAAACCACACUCCCUCGCUCAUUUGGCUGUACAGGGAUGGCUACCAGAGACCAAGUCACUACAUUGCAACUCAGGGUCCUGUUCACGAGACGGUGUAUGACUUCUGGAGGAUGGUGUGGCAGGAACAGUCAGCCUGCAUCGUCAUGGUUACCAAUCUGGUGGAGGUUGGAAGGGUUAAGUGCUAUAAGUAUUGGCCCGAUGAUGCUGAGGUGUACGGAGACUUCAAGGUGACCUUUGUGGAGGUUGAACCUCUUGCUGAAUAUGUGGUUCGCACAUUUACACUGGAGAGGCGUGGUUUCAAUGAGGUGCGGGAAGUCAAGCAGUUCCACUUCACAGGCUGGCCGGAUCACGGAGUUCCAUAUCACGCCACGGGACUACUUUCCUUCAUCCGCAGAGUUAAAAUCUCCAAUCCACCUGCUGCUGGGCCCAUUGUGGUCCACUGCAGUGCCGGAGCAGGGCGUACAGGCUGUUUCAUCGUCAUUGACAUCAUGCUAGACAUGGCGGAGAGAGAAGGAGUGGUGGACAUCUACAACUGUGUGAAGGCUCUCCGCUCUCGGAGGAUCAACAUGGUACAGACUGAGGAGCAGUACAUAUUCAUCCAUGAUGCCAUUCUGGAGGCUUGUCUGUGUGGAGAAACAGCCAUACCGGUCUGUGAGUUCAAAGCUGCUUUCUACGAGCUGAUCCGCAUCGACUCGCAGACCAACUCGUCACAUCUGAAGGAUGAGUUCCAGACGUUAAACUCGGUGACUCCUCAGCCUCAGCCUGAAGACUGCAGCAUCGCACUGUUGCCUAGAAACCAAGAAAAGAACCGCUUCAUGGACGGUCUUCCUCCUGACAGAUGCCUCCCCUUCCUCAUCACAAUAGACGGAGAAAGCAGCAACUACAUCAACGCUGCUCUGAUGGAUCUCACAGAGGAGUUUCAGAGCUACAGACAGCCUGCUGCGUUCAUCGUUACCCAGCAUCCUUUGCCUAACUCUGUCAAAGACUUUUGGCGUCUGGUUUACGACUAUGGAUGUACCAGUUUGGUGAUGCUGAAUGAGAUUGACCUGGCUCAGGGUUGUCCUCAGUACUGGCCAGAGGAGGGCAUGCUGCGCUACGGCCCGGUCCAGGUGGAGUGUAUGUCCUGCUCCAUGGACUGUGACGUUAUCAGUAGACUGUUCAGAGUCUGCAACCUCACCAGGCCCCAGGAAGGCUACCUGAUGGUGCGUCAGUUCCAGUACCUGGGGUGGGCGGGACACAGAGAAGUGCCCGCCUCCAAACGCUCCUUCCUCAAACUGAUCCUGCAGGUGGACCAGUGGCAGCGUGAGGGGGAGGAGGGGGAGGGGAGGACCAUCGUGCACUGCCUAAAUGGAGGUGGGCGUAGUGGAGUUUUCUGUGCCAGCAGCAUUGUGUGUGAGAUGGCUAAGAGACAGAGUGUGGUGGAUGUGUUCCACGCCGUGAAGACCUUGAGGAACAGCAAACCCAACAUGGUGGAUACUCCGGAGCAGUACCGCUUCUGCUACGACCUGUCACUGGAGUUCAUCGAGUCCUCCUAAACAGAGGAGCCAAGAGGAGGAGGAGGUGAAGAAGAGCAUCUCUUCACUUCCCGUGUGUUUGAUCCUUUGCUUUUGCUUGGUCCCAACCCCCCUCCCCCCUCUGUGGGGGCCGUUCUGUAGCACCGUCCCUACAGAUGGAACAAGCAAGACCCAUUCCUCUUGUAAAGUAUCCAACAAAGGGAAGACUUUUACCAGAAGGAGCUGCUGGGAGUGCAACAGGGCGGGGGGGAUGUUACUCCUUUUACUCCUUCAUGCUUAUUGUACAGCUUUUUGAGUGCCAGCGGGCCCCUGUAUGUUUAGGGCCCCAUUUAAAUGUUUAGCCUCUCACCACAGCCCCACUCUCAUGGACUUGAUGCCUCGUGCUGUUCAGCUGCAGAGCUCCAUGUGCACUGCAGAUGUCUCCCUCGCCUCCUGUAAGCUGCUACCACAGCUUUUAAAAAACAGCACGUUUUCAGCGGCCCCUCAUUCCUGCUCUCAUGCUAAUGUCAUGCUAAUGUAAUGCUAAUGUCAUGCUAAUGUAUCAUGCUAAUGUAUCAUGCUAAUGUCUAAUGUCUCAUCAUGGUGAUGUUUAAUCUGCAGCCGGUACUCUUUUAUAAGAAAAUGAAAUGUAAAGGUACAGCCUGGCCACACUCUUCUGUUUUCUACUCCAUAAAUCAGCAGCAUCUUCAUUUUAUUUUACUGAGACAGAACAUUAUUACGUAUUAAAGUACUGAAAAGCCACUUAAAACCCAUUUUCCAUUGCUUACCAACAGUAGAUUGUCAGAAACCAUAGACAUAGAAAAGACCCUAAAGUCAAUGAAAGUGUGCUAAUUAAAUGAAGUAGCAUCUUAGGAACAAGACUGACAAUGAAACUAAAUCGGAGAAGUUUACCUGCGGAGUAUUAGGCUUUUCAUUUGUUUUACAAUAUCAUGAAGUGGCAUCUUAAAAUGUUACAUGUAGGAUUUUUGCUAAAGUGUAUACGUUAAAAAAAAGUGUGAAAUGUAUCAUUGUUUAUGUUUUCUGAGUUGUUGCAUCAUUGUUGAUCUACUGGAUAGUAGAUUUGAAGUCUUUUUUGUACCCUAAAUUGUACGAUUUUUUUCAACCAUAUAACAUUAGCGUACUCAUGUUCGUUUCAGGGCUGGGCCCAAUGCACUUUCAAUUCAGCAAAGUCACAAAUGGGACAUUUCAUUUCAAAAACGAAACGAGAAAAGCGGCUUAAACACAGAAUAAACGCUCUUUCAUGAAGCGUUGAAUUACAGUUUCCAUUUCUGGUUUGAAUGGAAUUGGAAGUGAACUGACCCCAGGCUUCAUUUGUCUCGUGCACUGGCGGCCAACACUUUUUAUUAUUCUUUUGUAGCUGAUUCAUAAAGCCAAAGACUUUGUGUAAAUAUGUCUAUAUGGAUAAAGCACAUUGUUUGUAUUUAUUGUUUACUUGCAUUGCUUGUAACAAUCAUUCUUCAUCCUAUGUUUACUCUACCACCAGCGCUUCUUAAACUGUGGCUCGGGACGCAAAAUGAGUGGGUUUCCUUCGGAGGGUUAAAGUAUGAGUAGGAUUUAAAUGAGCCCAUAAUGGGUCCUGAAUCCUGGGGUAAAAAAUACUACAUCUGCUCAAUUUGAGUCCAUGAAGAAAAGUUUAAGAACCCCUGAUCAAAGCUGUAUAUUAAAGCAAUAGACGUAGUUUUUCAGUAUUUAGGUGGAAUUCAGUAGUAUUGUCUUGUUUUCACUAAAUGAAACUCUGUGAUGUUACUGUGGUUUAUUUGUGUAAAAGCCCAUUGCUCUGUUUGUGGUCAGUAGAACAUCAGUGCAUUCAUAUGCACAGAGUAUUUUGGAUAAUAGCUCGUAUCCGUCUUAGCGGGGAUGAGCUGUUUAUCUUCAUCCUCAUAGCCUGCUCACCAUUAUCUCUGAAUGCACACGGCUCAGUGAGAGAAACAUGCAGGACUGUGGAACAAAAACAUUUAUUGUGCCUAAUCAUUUGAAUUUCCUUGUUGAAAUUAGCAUUUUAACAACAUCUUAGAUUGCAACCAGGCUCUGUUGAAUGCGUUCUCAUGGACGAUCAAUGUUUUGAAAACCUUUUGGAUCAUGAUUCAGUGUUUUAUUCAUCAGAAUGCUUCAUGAAUUAUUGAGUCUUUACUGAGUACCAGAUGUGUUUCUGUUGUGCCCAAACUGAAAAAAAUAACUUUAUUGUACAUAAAACGUCAGAGGUCCCACUUGGUUGGAGCAAGAGUAGCCCAGGCCUACUGUUGCCGAUGUUAUUGUAAAUAGGCUAUCAUGAGGACUCUAAAAGGCUCUAUUGUCGGAUGAACAGUAGAGGUGAUGGAUCAGAGCAUUGGUUCUGUUGUAGAUACAAAGUCAGAGAUUGUACACCUGUAGGACUCUACUUCAAAUUUUGACAGAUAUUAUUUAGAAAGCAUUAUAGCGUCCACUGAAUACAGAACUUUAUUCUGCUAGUGGAACAUCAACUUUUUGAGGGUUUUUUUCCCUGCAGAUUUCUGUUCUGACCCAAAGAGGAGAGAGAGGCCAAAACACAACGUAAAUACAGUGAGAUUACAAAACGGAUGGCCCUCUCUACAGCAUGCAGAGACAGAAAAAUAAAUACAAGUAUGUCAAUAGAAAUAAAAAAAUGUAAAUCAACCUUCUUGACUACACACUUAAGGGAAAGAUUUAGGAGCAAAUCCUGUUAAGAUGCCUGUAAUUCUUCCUUAAUAAAUCUGAAGUAACGGCCCUGAAGAGUGAAGCAGGUGUCUCAAUGAGAGGCCAUUCUGAGUAAUUGAUAUUCACCAUUCAUAGUUAUUCUUGUCUGUAAUGUUUGGCUUCUUUGCUGUAAUAAAGACCACUUCUUUAAUUAAAA